AUACAAGAGCUGGGAGGCGGCUCCGGCGCGGGUCUUGGAGAACCUGGCCGCCAACCCGCGAGCCAGUCUUGGUCCCCGAGGCCGGCUGAGGCUCGGAGCCAUCCAGCGAUCCGGCGAGCGGCCUCAGGCCCGCCAUGGGGAAGACCAACAGCAAGCUGGCCCCAGAGGUGCUGGAGGACCUGGUUCAGAACACCGAGUUCAGCGAGCAGGAGCUGAAGCAGUGGUACAAGGGCUUCCUCAAGGACUGCCCCAGCGGCAUCCUCAACCUGGAGGAGUUCCAGCAGCUCUACAUCAAGUUCUUCCCCUACGGCGAUGCCUCCAAGUUUGCGCAGCACGCUUUCCGCACCUUCGACAAGAACGGCGACGGCACGAUCGACUUCCGGGAGUUCAUCUGCGCCCUUUCGGUCACUUCCCGAGGCAGCUUCGAGCAGAAACUCAACUGGGCGUUUGAGAUGUAUGACCUGGACGGCGACGGGCGCAUCACGCGCCUGGAGAUGCUGGAGAUCAUCGAGGCUAUCUACAAGAUGGUGGGCACCGUGAUCAUGAUGCGCAUGAACCAGGAUGGGCUCACGCCCCAGCAGCGCGUGGACAAGAUCUUCAAGAAGAUGGACCAAGAUAAGGAUGACCAGAUUACCCUGGAGGAGUUCAAGGAGGCGGCCAAGAGUGACCCAUCCAUUGUGCUGCUGCUGCAGUGUGACAUGCAGAAGUAGAGAGGAAAGGCUGGUUGAGGGGCAGGGACCCUGGCCAGGAGGAGCGUGGCCGCUUCCCAACCCCAUGAACUCCCUGGCUGGCCCUUCCCCGGGGGGAGGGGUACUCUAGCCUCACUCUCUGGCCCACCCACCCCUCUGCCCAAGCCCUUGCUCCCCUUAAUCAAGAUCCUUGAGGGACCACCUCACCCUGGAAAAGAGACAGAUCCUCAGGUACCCUGUGGUCUAGUGCCACCCCCAGUCUUGGCCCAGAGCUAACAUCACUGGGCAUAGGGGAGUUGUCUUUUGUCCCUACAGGCAGGGUUAAGGAGGGAGGCUGGAGUUCUGCUUUGAAAGUCUGUUCUUCCUGGGAUUAUACUUUAUAGGAUGUGGUCCCACAUACCCCAGUUAAAGGGCCAAAUUGGGUGUGUCCUUUGCUGGGGACCCAGAUCCCUUAAGGGCGGUCUCUGCCCUAUUCCCUUGACUCUCCCUGGCCCUUCUGGCCCCUGUCUUUGAAGCACUUGUUCGGUCUUCUCUUCAGCUAGUAUUUAUUGAGCACCUGUUCAAUGUCAGGCACCUCUAGGUGCUAAGGAUGUGGUCAUCUACAAGACACAUUCUGGGCCCCCUGGAAGCUCAUAGAGUAGUGAGGCAGACUUCCAGUGGUCAGAGUCUCAGAUGGGGACAUCGAACACAGCUGAGCAGAAGGUGCCACCAGUAAGGCUGGUUGGUUUGAGAGGAACAAGUCAGUCUUUCCACUCAGUUCUACGCAGAGCUGUAGAAGGGUAAAUGAAGUGUUUGGAAGUCUAGGAACCAUGUGAGUGGAAGUUUUAAGAAAAAUUGGAAUUUAUGUAAUACUUAUUUUUUUAGUACCCUUAAAAGGAGCUAAAGUAAUUUUAUUAGUUUAGGAUAUUAAAACAUACUUUAUAUUUACUCAAUUUCUUGUAAAAUGAUCAAAUAAGUAUAGAAAUGCUCAUUUUCAUGGGGGGAAAAAGAGCUGAGGGGGAAAAAGAGGGAAAAUACCACCAAACUCACCAGAAAACUUUUCCUUAUCAGUCUAAAUCCUGAGCUGUCACCAUCAGCAGCUUCCUUCCUUUUUGCUAAUCUUUUUCAAUUCAAUGAGCAACUCCAUUGUACACUUACGCCGGUUAGGUUAGGUGCUGACUUUAGAAACACAAUAACAAGGUUUGCCGUGAGUGAGACUGUAUUUCCACAUCUUGGUAGUUCCUUUCUGGAUUUGCUCUAGUUUCAAGGAUGGAGUUGUUCUUCCACUGCUACAGAAGCAGAAGGAGCUGGAAGACAAGGACCACCUGGCUACUGUUUAGGCUGCCAGGCUGUGUUUAUGGACCAAAUGCCGAAAAAUGUUCUGGGCAUGCUGAUCUGAAAAGCUUUUUUUAACCCCAAAUCCUAAAUCUGGCAGGUAAUUCAUCAUCUUCUAAGUGCACUGGCUUUGCUUUCCAAUACCUGCUCUCCGGUUUGGGUCCAUGAGCUAUACAGCUGCAUGCUUUGACUGCUAGAAAAUUCAUCUUGCACCUUCAAGUCUUUCACUUUACCUUUUCCUGUACUUGUGAUCAGAGAUUAGCUUUGAUGUGCAGUGAUGGUUGAUUUCCUCUUGAACCACUGGUGAAAACAGUGUAGUACACAGGUGCUCUCAGCCCAGGGUGGGAACAGGGAACAGUUGCUGAGUUGGGGGGGUGCGGAUUGUAUCUGCAGGAAAGCAAUGCAGCAUGUAUUUUACUUCUGAGUGUCCACCUGUUCUCCCUCUCUGAGGGUGGAAACUCUUGGGGAUGCGGACUUUAGGUCCCAAACUCUAUUGGGCCUUCCUUCUUGCUGCUGUCAGAGGUAGCAAGGCCACUGGGUUGCCACCUCUUUCUAUCCUGCCUAUGACCAGCCAUGUGGUGAGGCUGGGGAAUUCAUAUCCUCAGGCAGUAACCAGUAGGCCUUUAUCCAGUAAUGCCUCAAAGGAUGUUCCAUUGCUCUCAGGAGCUGGCCAUUAGGUGUGUCUUGUGCUGUCAGUCAGCACCACAGAUACAGAUACUCAACAGCCGGGCUCAGCUGACACUUCCAAUGGAAGGCUUUUUACAAAGUGGGGUUCCUAUCCCCCAAACGUUGAAUCUAACCCAACUCCCAAUCACACAGAACUUCAUGGCUUUCCAAGGCUUGCCAUGUACCCCAUCUCAUUCUAUACUCACAGCCUUGGGAAGUGGGGAUUUUCAUUUCCUUUCUCCAGACUUGGAGACUGAGGCAUAGAGAAGGGAGUCUCUUGUGCAAAAACACACAAUCAGGAGGUGACACAGUGCCAAGACUUGAACCCAAGGCUCUAAACAGAUUUCUUCCCUUCAGAGUCUCUCUCCUGCUCAUUUAUUUGACUCAGAGUUGUACAGAGGUUUACUGCGGGGCAAGCUAAGUUGGUUUUGGUCUUUUACAAGCUUCCUGCUAAGAAGUUUCUGAGGCUGUGGUCUUCCAAAAAGAAACAGGAGCUUGGUUGAAGUCUUCACAUUCUCAAGCAUCUUGUUUUCUGUUUCCGGGCAGCUCUGCUAACAAAUCAAUGCUGUCCUAGGAGGCCUCUGACUCAGAACCCUGGAAGCAUCUUGCACUAUCUUUACUAUCAUUUUCCUCCCUGAGGGAACUGUUUUUGUUUUUUCCUAGCUUGUAGGUAAGUGCUCCCUGUGAGGGCACGUUUGAUCAUUCCAAGCUGUUGGACACAUACCCGUGGCUGAUAUUUGCUGGUCAGGCCAAAGAUUCUCAUACAGUCCAACAGUGUUGAACACAAAAUUUCAGGCCAGAGACCAGGACCACCAUCUUGCUAAUGGGAGGAGCCAUAGGCAGGCCAGGCGUUGCUCCUACAUGUUCCUGAUGUCCCAAGGACAGUGCUUAGGAGCUCCUGUGGUAGAGCACUGGCCCUGCUGUGAGAAGAGAGGCAGUCCUCUCAUUUCUGCAUCAGCUGAGAGGGACUCGUCACAGGGCACAAGGUUAGCAGAGAUUGAAGUAUGACUUGCAUAGACUCAAAAAUACACAGACAGUUACAACACUGAUAUAUCCAAACUCUCCUUUGAAGUUCUGUAUCUUCCUGCAGCAACUCUGAAUGGCAAGAUUCCAAAUCUGUCUUCCAACUGUAUUCUGUCCCUUAUUCAACAUUUUGUCUAGUUGAUGAGCUCCUCUUUAUCUCCAAAAAUCAUCAGCAAGGGCUAUUUCAGAUGGCCACUCCAGCCCUUUGAGCUGUAGCCAGGAUUACAUAAUUUAUCUUAAGUCAAAAACUAAGAAAAAGGAAGCCUAUAAGCAAAGGCACUUUAUCUUUUCCUGACAAUGACAGAGUCCCUAGAGGUAGAAAUUCAUUGUGCUGCACAGAGAGAGAGCAGGGGAGGGGAGAGAAAGGAAAUAGAGAGAAUAAGCUGGGGGUUUUAGGCAAGGUAGUAAGCUGACACUGUAAAUAUUUUUACACAAAAAAUUAUUAAAGCAACAAAUAUUUCCUGAAGACCUACCCUGGGCGAGGCUUUGUGCUGACUAUAGAGCUCAUUGUGGGGGCAAGAAUAUAUUUCCUACAUAUUUUAUUCAUCAGUUUUGAAAAAAAAGUUCAAAUCCUCAAAUAUAUGGGAUUUUCUUUCUGAAAUUUUCAAAGUUUUUUUUGACCUUUGCCAGAAUGUAGGGGCAGGACCAGGCCUCCCAGGGUGGGCCCUUCCUGCUUGGUCGAGGCUCUGGGAGUGUUGAGGCCUGGGGCAGUGGGGGGAGAUGAGUGGCACAGGGGGGGCUCCCAACCCAUUCACCACUGUGGCCCCUGUCCCCUACAGAUGUGCUGCUCCUGGCUGUGCCCACAGUGGCUGUCCUCACUGUUCAACCCUGUGCUGUGUGGUGUGUGUUUUUUUCACUGACAGUGAAUAAAAGGUGUGACUAUGC